AUGUCGUUUAGUCGAAAUGUGCAUGAAGAUGGUAGAGAUAGGAUCCAUUCUCGGGUGGGUGUAAAGACUGUGUUAACCCACUCCAAAUAUCUAGGGCUGCCUGUGGUUUUUGGGAAAUCGAAGAAAGAGGUUUUCGGGACUGUUAUUAAUAGAGUUUGGAAGAAGAUUAAAGGAUGGAAAGAAAAGUUCUUGUCUCGGGCUGGGAAGGAAGUUCUUAUCAAAUCUGUGGCACAAGCGAUCCCAAGCUACAUUAUGAGUUGUUAUAAGCUUCCAGAGUCGAUAUGUCAAGAGAUUGAGGCUAUGGUUGCAAAAUUUUGGUGGGGAUCGAAAGAGGGUGAGCGAAAGGUUCAUUGGCUAAGCUGGAAUAAGAUGGCAAGAGCAAAGGGGGUUGGAGGGAUGGGAUUCCAGGGAAUUAGUGAGUUCAAUACCAGUUUGUUAGGAAAGCAAUAUUGGCGGAUGCUAACAAAGGAGGAUUCCUUGCUGGGGCAUAUUUUCAAAAGCAGAUAUUAUCCUAGAGUUUCAAUAGAAGAUAGCUCUACUGGAUUUAAUCUAAGCUAUGCUUGGAGGAGUAUUCUUAGUGCACGAGAUUUAGUUCAAAAGGGCUCUGGUUGGAGGAUAAGGACGGGAGAGAAGGUGACAGUGGGGAAGGAUAGGUGGAUUCCCAAUGGUGUAGGCUGUAAGGUUGGGGUUCUGUUGAAUGACCAGGGAGUUGGUAUGAAGGUUUCUGAGAUGAUAAAUCACGAUGGUGGGUGA